GUGACGUCAUCAGCCGGAGCCCGUGUUGUGUCAACACAAACAGAAGCUAAACAGCGCUGAAGUUUGGACUCUUCCUCUCAUGUUUCUGACAGUUUGAACUGAAUGAGGUGCAGCUCUCUGCUGCUGCGGUUUCUUCAGGAUGGGCCAGCAGCUCUCAGGUCAGGUGACCCAUCUGCCUGAGAAGCUGCUGAAACACGCCGGACUGGUGCGUGACAGCGGAUACCUCACCUACGAGGAAUUUCUGGCCAGAGUGGCCGAACUCAACGACGUUACGGCCAAACUGGCCUCUGGGCAGCAGAAGCACCUUCUGUUUGAGGUUGAGCCAGGCAGCGAUGCGUCGGCCCUGUGGAAGGUGGCCGUCAGGGUCCUCUGCACCAAGAUCAACAAGGAGAACGGUAUGGUGGAAGCAUCGCGGAUCAUGAACCUGUACCAGUUCAUCCAGCUGUACCGGGACAUCACGAGUCAGGCUGCUGAGGUUCUGUCUGCAGAGGGCGCCACCGAGGGCCCGUCGGCCCAGCUGCCCUCCACAGACUCCUGCCAGGCCAGCAUGUGGAUGGGCAGAGUGAAGCAGCUGACGGAUGAGGAGGAGUGUUGUAUCUGCAUGGACGGGAAGGCCGACCUCAUCCUGCCCUGCGCUCACAGCUUCUGUCAGAAGUGCAUCGAUAAAUGGAGCGGGCAGAGCAGAAAUUGCCCGAUCUGUCGCCUGCAGGUGACGGCUGCCAACGAGUCGUGGGUGAUGUCUGAUUUCCCCACAGAGGACGACAUCGCCGGCUACAUCCUGAACCUGGCUGACGAGGCGGGCCACCCACACAGGCCUUAACACACAGCACACUGAGCCAAUUAGAUGACAAGAGAAACCAAGCGGCACCGAGCCGACUCCACACACAAAUGUCACUUUCACUGAGGGAAACAGAGGGAGAUUUUUUUUUCCUUUAAAAAGCUUAAAAUCGCAGGAGAACCCAGCAGCGUUUCCUUUCGUUCUCAGCGACGGGUUCAGAAAAUCAAACCUCGUCUCGUUAAAAAAAACCCAGGAUGCUCUUUGUAACCCGAGUGUUGUAGAUGUGGUGCUUUAUGGGAACUGUGUGUGAUAAAUCCGUUGUCUGAAGUGAACAUUCAGUACUUGUAAUAUGUUAUAAUAAAUUAUAAUCUAUUAAGUUAACACACAGAACAACCAAAAGGACAAGUCUAACAGUAAUUAUUGGGGUAAUUUACCCGACGAGGAAGGGAGAGAUGAGUGCACUUUAUGAUGAGACAGAAGAGAUUAAUGAUGGUCAGCCCUCGAGAAUAUGAUUCAUAUAGUCAGAGUCGUGGAAGUUAAAUGAAUAUUUUGACAUUUUGGGAGAAUACAACUUUCUUGAGGAGAGAUAAAUGAGAAGACAGUUGUGUUUUAAUGGUAAAAAUGUAAGUUCCAGCCUGGAAACAGUUAGUCUGUCCAAAGAUAACACAAUCAUCCCAGCAGCCCGGGGCGCCUCUAGACCGUUUUUAAACCCUUUUCGAGUCUUUUUCUCAUACAGUACCAAUGUGACCUAUAGUUUUUGAAUAUUUUGGGGGUCCCUAAGCAGUCUGUAAGUUGGAUAUUACAUAAAUCAGGUAUGACUGGAAAGCUGAGACUCUUGUGGAUUCAAUGAGCCCAUUCUUUCCAGUCUUACCCAAUUCAUUUAAUUCAAAGACUCUUUAGGGACCCUUAGUGUGCAGAAAAUCACACAUUUGUACGACUUGCUUGAAAUUGCAUUGGGGCAUUUCUGUAAAGAGACUCAUGGGUACCUAAAGAACCCAUUUUCAUUCAGAUAUAAUGAGGUCCGAGGUCAAGGGAGUCCUUCGACAACAGACUAAAAUGCUAAAAUUCAGCCUAAAUUUGGAGAUAAAUUCAACUCCCUUUGUGAAGAUAUCUUGUUGUGUACCAAUAGAUUCCUCAGAUCUUCUAGUUUUAUAUGAUACGUCAUUAAAAAACAGUCUAGUUAGGUGGACCAGAGGGGGUCUAGGCUUAAUGUUAAAGGGGCACUGACCCCCCUUACAACUGCCAAUGCUACCUGCACCUCUCAAGCUCACUAUUUAACACAUUUUAACACCCGUUUGUUUAACCAAAGUGUCCAAACAAACUUAAUUUGUGACCCAGGCUAGCAGUUUCCCUCUGUUCCCGGUCUUUAUGCUAAGCUAAGCUAACCAACUGUUUUCUGUAGCCUUAUAUUUAACAGAGUGGCAUCAAUCUUCUCCUCUAACUCUCCACCAGAAAGUGAAUUUCCAAAACAUUUGCUUCGAAGUGCAAAUCUAAGACAAACUCUAGUUUAACAGUUUGUGUUCAAACUGUAAAUCAGAUUUAUUUCCACGUGUAAAGCUGUCCUGUCGUCUGUGAUGUAACCUGCAUGUUUAGACCCACAGGACAUGACAUGCCUUAUGAGCCUCGUUAUGUGAACCCGUUAUAACCCGUUAUAAAGUUCUGAUCCGCUUCAGGAUCAACACGGUGACUGAUUCUAGUCCUCUGCCUGUACAGAACUAAAUAGUUUUAUAUGAUUUUAAAAGACUGGGCUUGCUGUGGUGUCUUCUUCACUGAUGGAAAUAACCACUAUUAGUCAUCUAUGCUGUUCUCAUAUUUUUACUUUGUUUAUAUAUAUUUUUUAUUUUAUUUACCAUAAUUAUAUUUUAAUCUUUAUUGCUGUAGACGUACUGUAGUUUACACUCUUUGCUCUGUGAUGCCUGUUAUUAAAGAUAAGAACUUUAUUAAGAUAGGCAGCAUUUCAGUUAUAUAUAAACUCCUGUAUAAUUCAAAUAAUAUAGAAUUUAAAACCUUUACAAUUGUUUUGUUAAAAAAAAUAUUUCUGACGUUGAGGACUGGAUGCUGAAUUAUUAAAAAAAAACAAUUGUGAAAAUGUAUUCACCUUCAUUUCUUUUUACUGAACUCUAAAGCGUUGUUUAAAGCUGUAAAAAUGUUAAUUUAGAGCUUUGUUGUGUGACAUUCAGCGAGUUAAUCAGUUUCACAUUUAAUCACAUUUAGACAAUUUAACAGAGUUUUACAAAUAUGAGAUACAAUUUUUCAAAACUACAAGAAAAAAUGUUUUUUUUUCUCAUGAUAAGGAUUUAAUUAUAAUCAUUUAUUUGGAAUAACUUCUUUCAAAUUGACCAUUUAAGGCUACAAAACUAACGUGACAUAUGCUUUUUAAAUUUUACAAUUUACCCAUUUCCUGCAUAGAUAUAUUGAUUUCUGUUCAUUUAAUUGACCUUAAACAUGUGAAUUUUAAUUUGACCAAAAAACUAUUUUUGGUUGUCGUCGCUGACAAAUCGCACUUUGAAACCUCGCUGUAGCUUUCUCCGUGUUUGUGCACUACAACAACAGAAGAUUUUAUCUCUGUGGUGAAAAAUAUUAUCUGACACUGUAAAGGUUUUACUGCAGUACAACAUUAAAUGUGCAGCAGCAGGAGACUUCCUUCUUUCUUCGUCACUGCGUGGUCCGUUCAACAUGUAUAAAACAAAGUUGUAAUAUUAAAGAAUGAUAAAAUGUUUAAUAAUAGGUUAUUAUAGCAUCUGAUCCUACAUAGACACACUAUAUGUAAAUUUGCUGAAUGGAAGGAAGUGUAUUAAAUUUGAAUUGAUUCGUACUGUAUUAUCCUUAAUAAAGAAAUACUCACUUUUUUGCA